AUGGACUCCUCAUUGGACGAAUUGCCCGACACGAUUCAUUUAUCUUCGGGGCUAACUUCUUGUUUUUCAAGCAAGAUUUCCAAACAACUCAAUACGACUGGAAAUCUCAACACAAACACACAGUAUCAGUUCAUACCUAAAAGGAGGAAACGAGGAGCCAACAUGAAAGGAAACUCUUCUCAUCUCAAUAAUUAUUCUCAACGAACGCCAUCACCACUCUCGCCUUCCCUUGACGACGAUGAUGAUCAUGAGGAUGAUGCUUCAACAACAUCGAUCGAUUUGUCCCCAGGUACCUCCUCGCCACCACCACUCCUCCUUCGUCAUGAUCAUGAAGACUCCCAAUGUAUCAGUAACUUGUUGUUAGACUCACCAUCAGCAUCACUUGUGAAUACAAUAUCCUCCUCUUCCCAUCCUCAACAACCUACUAGUGCUCUCAGUAACCUAAAUACUUAUCCUCCUUCUUCCUCCUCGAAUAUUCUCUCUACUAAGCGACUUGCAAAUAACGCAAACAAUGCUGCUGGAUACACACAGCAGAACACUAACAAACAAGAAACGACAGAGUGGGAUCAACUCCAUGUCACGAUUCAUGGUGAGGAUGCACCAGACCAGUCUUCUGAGAAGAAAAUCAAAUAUCCAAGCAUCUUUCGAUUUGUCAAAACGACCCCUUUCGAAGAAAGUGAAAAUGUAUCAAGCUCAUUGCCUUCCACGUUAAUAACCUCUUACAAUUUGCAUUCACAUAAUCACCAAUCUCCAAUGUUCAACGCUGAGGAAGAUGUUGCACUGACAAGAAACGAUUCUGCUCUGCACACUCAUCGAAAAGAGGUGCUUGCAAGGAAGAGAGCUUCUUUGGAUUGUCCUGGUGCCGCUGUUCCUGCCUCAACAACACCGAUACAGGAAGAUCCCCACCUCGUAAAGAUUAAGGAUGAGAUUCAUAUGCGGCGAAGCAACAAGAGAGCUCAGCAACAGGUAGCUCUUGAGAAUAGUGCAGAACAUCGCAGCAGUCCAAUACCACACAGCGAGCAUUCAAUGAUAAUUGAAUUCCGAAAGAAUAAGCUCGAACGACAACUAAGUAAUAAUCAAGUCGUGGGAUGUAAAAAUUAA